CAUGCGGUGGAAGCGAAGCCCUCGGAGGCCCUGGCGGCUUCCCCGGCGCUCGCUGCUGGCCGCCCUUUUCUUCUUCUCGCUCUCCUCUUCCUUCCUCUACUUCGUCUAUGUGGCGCCCGGCAUUGUGAACACCUACUUCUUCAUGAUGCAAGCUCAAGGCAUCAUGAUUCGUGAAAACAUGAGAACAAUAGGAGCUCAGGUUUAUGAACAGGUGGUCCGCAGUGCCUAUGCCAAGAGGAACAGCAGUGGGAAUGACUCAGAUUAUCCUCUUGAUUUGAACCACAAUGAAACCUUUCUGCAAACCACAACUUUUCUUCCUGAAGAUUUUACCUACUUUCCAAACCAUACCUGCCCCGAAAGACUCCCUUCUAUGAAGGGCCCUAUUGAUGUAAAUAUGAGUGAAAUUAGUAUGGAGGAGAUUCACCAGUUCUUCUCUCGAGACUCUACUAUCAAAGUAGGAGGACACUGGAAGCCUAAAGACUGCCUGCCUCGUUGGAAAGUAGCAAUCCUUAUUCCGUUCCGCAAUCGUUAUGAGCAUCUGCCGGUCCUCUUUAGGCACCUUAUUCCAAUGCUGCAACACCAACAUUUACAGUUUGCAUUUUAUGUUAUUGAGCAAGCUGGCAACCAACCCUUUAACCGUGCCAUGCUCUUCAAUGUUGGCUUUCGGGAAGCAAUGAAGGACUUGGACUGGGAUUGUAUGAUCUUCCAUGAUGUGGACCAUAUACCUGAAAAUGACCGUAACUAUUAUGGAUGUGGGCAGAUGCCAAGACACUUUGCAGCAAAGCUGGAUAAAUAUAUGUAUCUCCUCCCUUACAACGAGUUCUUUGGAGGAGUGAGCGGCUUAACAGUGGGACAGUUCAAAAAAAUCAAUGGCUUUCCAAAUGCCUUCUGGGGCUGGGGCGGAGAGGAUGACGACCUUUGGAACAGAGUGCACUAUGCAGGCUACUUGGUGACUCGGCCAGAAGGAGACACAGGAAAAUACAAGUCAAUUCCCCAUCAUCAUAGAGGUGAAGUACAGUUCUUAGGAAGGUAUGCACUGCUGAGGAAGUCCAAAGAGAGGCAAGAAUUGGAUGGCCUCAAUAACUUGAACUAUUUCCCAAAUGUUACAUACGACGCCUUGUAUAAAAACAUAACUGUUAACCUGAUGCCAGAGCUGGCUCUGGUGAAUGAAUACUAAGAGAAUGUGAAAAGAAGGAAAAAACACACAUUGUUUUGUAGGUGUUUCCUGGACAAGAAAAAACUUGUAUCUAAUGAAGGAUCACAGUAUUUUGAAAAAUAAUACUCUAAAGCACGCACACAGAUCAUCAGACUGUAGACCCACUCAGACUGUGCAGCGAGCUCGGACUUCACUUCCUUUUUGAUUUCUUUUUUUAAAGAACAAUGGUGUGACCUGCUGCUUUGUCCCAGCAUUCCAUUUCCUUAAACAAUCUCCAACACCAAACUGUGAUCAAAUGUGCUUUUCUGCUCAUAAAACCAGUUUGGCUGCAAAGGACACGAUUGGUUUCUUGACUCUGGAUGCUGGAAGCUAUCCUGUAGGCAACUGCCGAAAUGGGAGGUGAACUGCUACCUAACAACGAUAUCAUUCUUCUACAUUUGUGUUUGUAUUGGUUUUUUAAUUGACCUGCUUGAAGAAAUAUAUAUAUAUAUAUACAUACACACACACAACAGAAUCGCUUCUUAAAGAAGUGUAGGUGUAAAUAAGCUGUAUAAAUUGCUUUCCUUUCUUUUUUUAAAAAAAGAAUUCUUUUACAAUUCAAAACUGAAGCUGAAGGUUUACAACUUAAGAUAACUCAAGUAAGCCGCCACCUGUGCAAACACUUCAGCACAUUAUGAUACUCAUGUGAGUAAUUCUCUUCAGGACUAUUUGUGUGGUUGUUAGCAGGAUUGGGACCUUGUCAUAGGUUGUGAAGCUUAAGAAAUCGUAGCCAUAGCAGAGCUUAUUGAGGGAGGGGGAAUCUGGCUUUGGGAAUAGGAAUGCCAUUCAUAAAAGACCAGUCUCAUACAUUUUAUAGUCAUAGCCUUUCCAGAUCUUUUUUCUGAUCCAUCAGAUUCUGCUGUAUAUUCCAUAGCCACAACAAAACAGCAGAGAAAAUGUCUCCCAUCCAGCUUCACCUUCAUAAGGGACAGGUUCUCCAAAAGGUUGUUGAAGUCUCCACGUGCCCCUCUUAUCCUCACAUUUACUGUUCAGUCCAGGUUUGCAAAUUGUUCAAUCUCUUUUUGGAAAAAAGUCUACAGUGAUUCCUGUAACUUGGGGGUGGGUUAUGAAUAGUAUUUUGAUAUAUUUAUUGUGUAAAUGAAACUGUACUGAACUAAUAUAGGCUAAAAUUGUAGGCUAGCGCUCUUGGUUAUGAUUAUUAACCAGAGAAAGCAUUGCACAAGUACAAAUACUGGGAUAAAUAUAUCCAGACUCCAAAUCAUAGUUAAAAGAAUGAAGGGCAUUGUGAUUAGUUCAGGAAAAAAUGUGAGCAUCAGACAGAAGUGCUUGGUCCAUAUCUUCCAUCCAGUUUCACAGACUUCGUUUUCGUUUGAAACUUAGAUAUGUGCCUUUUUGUUUGUUUGUUUUUCUUUAUUCUGGUUUAAAAUCAACCCAUCUGUUUAUACUGUAUGUACAAACUUUUUGUUUUUGUUUUUACUAGGGCCUGUAACUCUGGUAAAUGUCUUCUUUUAUUGUUCUUUAAUAUAUAUUUAUAGACACAGAUUGUGAGAACUUAAAGUGAGAAGUACUUUAAUUUCUUUUAUUGCAUUGUUGCCUUCAAUUGCUUUAACUUGCAUAGUUUACAGUUAGUUUUCUGGGUUCGGUGGAUGUAUGACCCCCCAUAUACAUCUGUUGUGGGUGCGACAAACCAGGCCUAUUUUCUUGUGUGUCUCAAAAGAUUUACGAAAGUGUGUGUGCGUGUGUGUGUGUACAAUUGUGUGUGCCUUAUCAGCCCAUAUGAAAGGGCAGCAAGUCUGCUCUUGAGAAUGCUGGUAAGUGUGCUUUAAAAUACUUCAUAAGGGAACCCUUCAUGACUGCUGCAGAGGUAAGAAAUGUGUGUCUUUUUUUGUUUGUUCUUUAAUGGCACAUAUAGCAAUAAAGACUUCUAAAUUUUGACAUUUUUCAGAUGUGGAUAACACACCCUUUCCUUCGUCAUUUUUUUAACCCCAGAAAGCUGGUAGGAACCAACACUUUUAUUUUAUGGUGCUUCAGUUGAGGAAUGUAUUUUAAGCUAUCUGAAUUCACCAUCACAUGAACAUCUAUCCGAACAGACGUUACGCUUGUAGGACCAUCCAUCUUCACCCUCUCUUCUCAAAAAAGAAAAGUAAUUACCUCUGCUCAGAAAUGCACUUGUUAAAGAUUGGCAUGAAAGGGUCAGUUUCUCUUCUUAAUCAAUGAUUUUUGGUUUAUUUUGUUUUUCCCAAUCACGUUGCUUUCUUUCCCUCUCUUUAAAAAUGUGGAAUAUCUUUAAAAUGUGCACUGUUACUCUUAUCAGCUAAGUCAAAUACUGUAUAGUAAAUGUAAUUGUUGAAAGCAUAACUGUCAAGCGCAUGUGAUGUUAUGGUGUUUUAAAAAAUCAUUUUAAAAACUGUACAUUGGCAGCUGAAAUUUCAACAAGGCCACUGCUCCCCAUCUCCAUCAGCACUGUCAGCUCACACUGCUAGGGGGCAGAAUGCUAUGAUAAAAUGCAUAUGUUUUUGUAUGAGCCAUGUUGGUCUUUAUUUGCUAAAACGUUUGUUUAAAAUCCACUAGUUCUUGUAAAAGCUCUUCUUCUUGAAUGAGUUUACCAGCUGAGCAACCGCCAUGCAUUUCCAAACGCCUACAGUCAAAAAUAGCACCAAACAAUAUGUAAUUUUCUUUAAUCCUAUUGUUUUGAGCUUGCUCUUUAUGUUUUCUAUGAGGUGCCAGAGGUACAUUUUUGCACUGAUAUUUAGUGUUUUCAAACACACACAAUUUUCAGCAAAGCAAUCCUUUGUAUCAUUACAUUUAUUUACCCAUGUGUUUGUACAUUUUUGUAUUUGUUAAUUUAUGAAUGAUUUUUUUCAGUAAAACCGAUACAUAUUCAGGAA